AUGUUGUUCAAGUCGACCUUCGCCCUGGCCUUUGUGGCCCUCGCCAACAUCGCUUCCGCUACUGUGACCCCGGCCUGUGUUCUGUCUGUUGUCGGCGACACAAACAACCCCGAUAACGUCCCAGCUAUCUGUGCCUCCGACUCCCUGCAGUCUGCCAUUGAGAAGAAGUGCGACAAUGUGCAGUCCUCCCUGAAAUUUGUCUCCAACAUUUGCAAGAGCUACGGUUACGACUUUGAUUACUCCUCAUCAUCCUCCAACACCACCAGCAGUGCUACCUCUACUGGUACUGGCUUCGUCACUGCCACUGCCACCGGAGGAUCUAAGGCAACUGGUACCUCCGGCGCUACCACCGGCACCAGCACCGGCUCUACCUCUGGCAGCGGUGCCUCUGGUUCUGCUUCAGCCUCGCCUACACCCUCUACUGCCGGUGCCAUCACUGGACACCAGCUCUCUGGCACCACCUUCGUUGCUGCGCUGUUCUUCGGAGCUGCCGCGCUUCUGUAA